AUGCCCCUCAACAUCCUCUGCUUCGGCAACUCCCUGACCGCGGGCUACUGGCACUACGGUGUCGAAACCAACCACCCCUAUGCACUGACCCUAAAAGAGCAGCUGCUGUCCGCCGAGCAUGCCGCCGUGGCAUCCAACGGCGGGCUUGUCGAUAUCGACGUUGAAGGGCAGCCCGGCGACCUGGUGAAUUGUCCGCCUGGUCGGUUUCUGGAAAGGAUGAAGCUGGCGUGUACUGCAAUCCAAGACACGACUGGAUCACCAUCCUCGGCGGAACCAAGUAUACUCCCCUCUCUACCUAGCGACUUAGGGUACGGCUCCUUCACCCCCGAGCAAAUCUUCGCCGGACUCCAGGCAACCUACGCCCUAGCCCUGGGCUCCUCGCCAACUACCAAAGUACUCGCCCUUACCGUUCCCGAAUGCGCAUAUCGAUCUGCAAAACUAGACCGGAAUCGGGAUGUAUUGAAUGCGUCUAUUCUUGCGCACAAGGAGGAUAGAUACUACUCGUUCGACCUCAGGUCCGCUCUUCCAUAUCAUGCCAUGGACGAACAGCGGCGCGAAGAGAUCUGGGAUGAUGGUCUGCAUCUGACGGACAAGGGGUAUGACUUGAUGGGAGAACUGAUUGCCGAGAGACUUUUGCAGCUUCUUUGA